AUUGCUCCGAGAAUUCCAGAACAGGUCUUCGUUCAAAAAGACAAGAAAGGGAGAUACAAAAUAUCACAGGAUUUCUGGAAUGCCUUGAGAGAAUUGAUUAGAGAAGACGAUAUUAUUCUUACUCUAGAACAGGCCAAAAAGGAAGCGCCGGGAAUUUCGGAUGCUCAUUGGCUCGCUAUCAAAAACCGGUUGACAGGGAGUAACUUGCUGAAACCCCCACAAUCUACAAACGCUACGGGCUACACAGAUUUGGCGGGUUCCAAACAGUAUUGCGAGGAGUGUUGGGGUAACUGGAUAAGUAAAAACCAACAGGCGUUAAAGAGGGCGGUAUCUGGAGUUGCCAUCACUAAAGAGGAAUUUAUGGUUCUAUUCAAGAAAGAAAUGCAAUCUUAUGCACAAGAUAUCAGCAAUUCUCUCACGAGUGUGAACGAGCAGAUCCAGCAACUCCGGGAAGAUAUAGUGAAACUUAAGAAGGCAGCCCACGAGUCUCCCAAUAUAACAAAAGGAGAAAUCAAAAAGAUCUGCGAUGCCGCUAUCCAGAAAGCUAUCCUGGAAAUUAAGCUUAAGGUCAUACUUGAUGGCCAAGUACGUGGGUACGCGAACGACUUAUUCGCCAACCAGGUCAACUUCUUCGGUAUCGGCUCUGGCGCAGUCAUUGACCCAACAUACAGCUCAAAGCCGUGGCAGAUACCGAAAUGCUACUACAAACCCAGAUCCAAGCAAUGGUACCAGCGCGACGGUUGGACAACACAACCUGUUCUGCAAGCCCUGUCGCCCUGGUCCGAAGAAGGCGAAUGUUUCUGUGCCGGACCCAAAACUUGGGGAUUGAGGGAAGAGACAGUCUCUGUCCAGGUAAUGUUGAGCCGCGAAGUCAUCCCACAGAACCUAGUCGUGGAACACAUCCUACCCGGCUCAACUCUAGACCCGGGCGCUAUGCCUAAACACAUCGAGAUGUGGGCUGCCAUCGAAGAAAUGACGCUGCGCGACGAGGUGCGUGUCUUCUCGGAAACCAACUUCCCGCCGACAGGGCCGGAGAAGACGCUCAACGAGGCGUACGUCAAGAUCGGGCAUUUCAAGUACGAGGACAAGAACACGGGCGACGGCAUCCAGAUCUUCAAGCUCAGCGACGAACUGUCCCAGAUGCGCGCGCACACGAGCAGCGUCGUGGUCAGAGCUAUCAGCAACUAUGGCGCUGACCACACCUGCUUCUACCGCCUGAGGUUAUACGGCGAGGUCGUGGAGACAGAGCCGUGGAAGGAGUGGGGUGGUCGGGAGUAAAGAAGCUGGGAGAAGUAAUGAAAGCAUGCAGGCAACCGAGACAUAAGCCACAUCGCCCAAAAUGGGCUUCCGGCAAUACAGUGUGCAUUGCAAAAUGACGUCAACGAUAACACGUUCGUACGUUCAUACAUGGCGGGUGAGACUACUACAUAGCAUAAUCAGGGCACAGGCACAAAGACAGACAGACAGGCAGAUAAUCGAACGGGUGAAUAAGUUAGUUGGACUACAUGGGUCACAGUGGUAGUCGCAGCUAACUAGCUGGGGAUCGGUGAAGCAAGCUUCGGGAGUUAUGGUAUCGUUCGGUUCUGUGUGGUGUCUUUGGUGUUUGCGGAGUUGGAGGGGUGAACGUAUUGAUUGAACUUGGUAGCUGGCUGGCGGGCGGGUGGAUGAUACCAAAUACUUGAGGGUACAGUCUUGCCUAGUUAGAGCUGAAUUGCAUCAUGCCGUACUUUUUUUUCUUCGUUGA